GUUUUUUCUUAAAGCAGGAAAGGAAAGCAAUAAUAACAUGUCAGUUUUCUUUUCCUUUGCUUUCCUGGCAGUGGUUCUUGCUCUUGUAGGCUGUAACCAGCGUCGGGGUCCGGAAGGCAGUGGGAGAAGAUUUAACCGGGUUCAGCACGGGCAGUGCACCUACACUUUCAUCCUGCCAGAACAGGAUGGGAACUGUCGUGAAAGCACGACAGACCAGUACAACACAAAUGCUCUUCAGAGAGAUGCUCCUCACGUGGAACAGGAUUUCUCUUCCCAGAAGCUGCAACAUCUGGAGCAUGUGAUGGAAAAUUACACUCAGUGGCUGCAAAAACUUGAGAACUACAUUGUGGAAAACAUGAAAUCAGAGAUGGUGCAGCUGCAGCAGAAUGCUGUGCAGAACCACACUGCCACCAUGCUCGAGAUAGGGACCAGCCUCCUCAGCCAGACAGCAGAGCAGACAAGAAAACUCACGGAUGUUGAAACCCAGGUGCUAAAUCAAACAUCCAGACUCGAAAUUCAGCUACUGGAAAAUUCACUGUCAACGUACAAACUAGAAAAACAGCUGCUACAACAGACACAUGAAAUUCUAAAAAUUCAUGAGAAAAAUAGUUUACUUGAACACAGAAUUCUAGAAAUGGAAGAAAGGCACAAAGAAGAGCUGGCCACUUUGAAGGAGGAAAAAGAGAACCUACAAAGCUUAGUCACACGACAAAGCUACGUAAUCCAGGAACUAGAGAAGCAGUUAAACAAGGCAACAAGCAAUAACAGUGUUCUGCAGAAACAGCAGCUUGAAUUGAUGGAUACAGUUCACACCCUGAUCACCCUCUGCUCCAAGGAAGGAGUUUUACUAAAGAAUGCAAAAAAAGAGGAAGAAAAGCCAUUCCGAGACUGUGCAGAUGUAUACCAAUCUGGUUUUAACAAAAGUGGAGUCUACACUAUUUAUAUUAACAAUGUGUCAGAUCCUAAAAAGGUCUUUUGCAAUAUGGAAAUUGCUGGAGGAGGAUGGACAGUUAUACAACACCGAGAAGAUGGAAGUCUGGAUUUUCAGAAAAGCUGGAAAGAAUACAAAAUGGGUUUUGGUAGCCCAUCAGGUGAACAUUGGCUGGGAAAUGAAUUUAUCUUUGCAAUAACAAGUCAGAGGCAAUAUUCUCUAAGAAUUGAAUUAAUGGACUGGGAAGGAAACCGGGCAUACUCACAAUAUGACAGAUUUCACAUAGGAAAUGAAAAACAGAAUUACAGGCUUUAUUUAAAAGGUCACAGUGGAACUGCUGGAAAACAGAGUAGCCUGAUCUUGCAUGGUGCUGAAUUCAGUACAAAAGAUGCUGACAACGACAACUGCAUGUGUAAAUGUGCUCUCAUGUUGACUGGAGGGUGGUGGUUUGAUGCCUGUGGCCCCUCCAAUCUCAAUGGGAUGUUCUACACAGCUGGACAAAACCACGGCAAGCUCAACGGCAUCAAGUGGCAUUACUUCAAAGGCCCCAGCUACUCCUUGCGCUCCACCACCAUGAUGAUCCGGCCUUUGGACUUUUAAAGGAAUUCUGCACUGGAUCCCAGGAGAAGCUGGGCUGGCACUGCCCUCAGCAGCAACACACCCACAGUCUGAAGGUAAAAGGCGAAGGGCUUCUUGAAAGUGGAAGGGACGUGUGUAGGGAUGAUGCAAAGCCGCUUCGCUAUCGCUCCUGCAAACACUUCACAACUGUCGCCCGAGAAGCUUGGUUUAGAAAAAGGUGGCUGAAAUUAUUUUCCAAAGAACUGCAUUUGGCUAUUCCAAACUUGGUGCUUGUCAGUGGAUCUUUUUUUGUUGUUUUUUUUUUUUUAAAAUUCAGCAACAGGAGAAGAAUUUGAACAACUGAAAUGCGUCAACCAUGGUCUAUUGAGUAGAAUGUUAUUCAGCAGUGAAAUGCCAACAUUAUAUCCAUGAAAAAGGAUUUCAAAGACACUUUUAUUAAAACUUGUCUUAAAGCAUUCAUGGUGACCACUCCAAAUAUUGUUUUCCUUAAAUCAACUGAAUUUGAAUAGUGGAUGGAUUUAUGUUACUCCCAGAGUCAAAAUAUUUGUGAAAAUAUUAUUUUUCAUUAAAUACUUUAAGGACAGGUUUCUAAUAAAUAAACUGAGUCAAACAUAUGAAAAAUGAUAAGGAUAAUAAGCAUAAAUUCCUCAGUUGCUCUGUAGAGGUAAAUCAGGUAAUUGGCAUAAUCCCUGAGCUAGGAUUUAUAGUGUGAUAACAAAAGUAGCUGUGUUUUUAGGUUUUUCCUUUCUUUCAUUAAAGGCAGUCUGAAUGUUAUGUACAAUAAUUAAUGGAAGGUUUAAAGAAUGUGAAAUAUUAUCCAAGAGAAAAUACAGGAUUUUGCAUGGAAUUUUUCCAUCAAAAAAACACAGGAAGGCAAACUGUUAGGGUACAAAAAAAUUACAUAAAUGCAUAGCUUAAGGCAGGAUUAAUUUUACAGUAUCCUUGCAUGUGCGCAAUUUAUCCUUAAUUAUUUUACUUUUUUAUUACAUUUUUGUGAAUAUCAGAAGCAUACCAGUUCUACACAGUGCUUAGGCUACAAAUAUAAAAAAUACUCAUCAGAACUGUAUAAAAAAUAAAGAAUUUUGAACUUGUAAAUAUCAUGUUUAUACUUCCUGCGACAGUCAGUUAUUUUGUACAGGCAGCCCUGAACUCACACAAAGGGUGAAAAGCCUCUAAAGGAUAUAAAUGUUAAAGAACUUUAGAUGACUGUUUACAGGUUGCUAACAAGUAAUUUUGUUCUACUAAAAUGCUGCAGAAGUAUUGGAAAAGACAGAAGCUUUCUAAUAAAAAGCAAUAAAGUGAUGGGUGGCCUAGAGACAACAGUUUCCAUUUACAGCCCUUUGAUUAAAUCAUAUUAAUAGAGUCUAUUUGGGAAAGUAGUUUGCAGUCGUUUUACUUUGCUAGAAAUGAAACAAAAAGGUUUACCCUGCUCCCACUGAAAUCACAAUACUCUCAUCAAUUAAAUUGGGACCAACAUGGCACACAGAAUCUGCACAUGGUGAGGCGUUUGCAACAAUAAUCUGAUUUUUUUAAAGGGUAAUGAUAACUUCUUCCUCUUUAUUUUUUCACCUUUUUUUUUAAUUUAUCAGUUUAUUUCUAUGGAAUAGAGGAAAAAAUACUUGGAUAUUUUUAAACACCUCUUCCUAAAGAUUGAAAGGCUGUAGUACCACUGAGGGUUGUUGCAGCCCCUAAGGGUUCUCUGAUUUUAUUGCAAUUUGAUGUUUGUUUCAUUGUAAGUGGGAAGAUUUUUUUUGUGUGUGUAGCUGUAUAUAUUUAUAUAUAUAUUUGAAACAAUCUUGACUAAGGGUUAAUUUGAAGUUUUCUGCUGAAUAAGUUACCAAAAUACUCUUUACACAGCACUUUCUUCACAGACAUGUUUUGUCCCAGUUUCCAGCACGUUUUUUCAAUGGUCUUCAUUAAUGUGGAAAAUACACAGUCCGUCUUCCACCAUAUUCUCAAAAGAUAGAAUUUUGCAGGUCUCCAAGCUAAGAAUGCCAUUUUUGCAGAUCCUAUUGCAAAAGGCAAAACACAUUAAAUAUCAAAAGCAUGCUAUUUACUGUUUAUUUAUCUGGGUUUGAAAAAAAAUGUGGAUUUGGUUUCCUAUCCUUUAUAAUAAAAUGUUUUUUAAAAUUGU